UUUGAGGGUGCGAUCUGGUCGAGGAGGGGAAGGUGUAACCGGAGCCCGGGGGCUGGCGGCUGCAGCCCAGCCGGGGAGGAGGCAGACGGGAGAGCAACAUGUCUUUCCAGGAGUGCUGGGAGGAGUGGGAGGCCCUGGACAAAGAUUAUCAGCUGUUACAGGAAACACACAAGAUGUACAAGCAGCAGUUGGAAGAGGUGAUCAAACUUCAAAACGCCUGCCUCAGUUCCAUCGAACGACAGAAGAAGAAAUACAAGGAACUCUCCAAAAGUCUUGAACGAUGUCCGUUGCCAGAAAGUGAAGAGCAGUGGAGAGACACUGGUUUCAUCCAGGAACUGAUGAAGGAAAGACAAAACAUCUUCUUUGAAAUGGAAGCUUUCCUCCCAAAAAAAAACGGGCUGUACUUGAGUCUGGUUCUGGGAAAUGUCAAUGUGACCCUGCUCAGCAAACAGGCCAAGUUUGCCUACAAGGACGAGUAUGAGAAAUUCAAGCUCUGUCUUACCAUCAUCCUCCUCCUCAUCUCCUUCAGCUGCAGAUUCUUGUUAAACUCCAGGGUGGUAGAUUCUGUAUUCAACUUCCUCUUGGUAUGGUACUACUGUACACUUACAAUUCGAGAGAGCAUCCUCAUCAACAAUGGAUCCAGGAUUAAAGGCUGGUGGGUAAUGCAUCAUUAUGUUUCAGCCUUCCUGUCUGGAGUUAUGCUGACCUGGCCCGAUUCAAAAAUGUAUCAGAUAUUUCGAAACCAAUUUCUUUCGUUUUCUAUGUAUCAGAGCUUUGUGCAGUUCCUACAGUAUUAUUAUCAGAGUGGCUGCCUGUACAGACUCCGAGCCCUGGGAGAGAGACAUAACAUGGACCUGACGGUAGAGGGUUUCCAAUCUUGGAUGUGGAGAGGUCUGACGUUUCUUCUUCCGUUCCUGUUCUUUGGCCAUUUCUGGCAGCUUUAUAAUGCAAUCACCUUGUUCAGACUAACCAACCACCCAGACUGUAAAGAAUGGCAGGUUUCCAUGUGUGGCCUCGCAUUUCUCGUCCUGUUCCUUGGAAAUUUCCUGACGACCGUUCGCGUCAUCUACCAAAAACAGAAACAGAGGGAGAAAAAUGUCAAUAAACAAUUGUGAAACACGAGAAAGAGAGCAGAAGACUUGAUUUGAUUCUAAUUUUUACGUUGAAGAAUUGCAGAAAGUGCACAUUGUGUUGCUACUGGGCACUGGGGCCCACACAUGUGCUGUGUGCAUGGGGAGUAUGUCAAGGCAAGAUCUGUUUCUACUCAAACUACCCGCCAACAAAAUUGUACAGACCUGCUCGAAGCAGCGUCCCAGAAGCACUCUAAUAUUCCUGCCCCCCACCGGCUACUGCUCAUCAACUGAGGUAAAAUGAUCCAGAGAUAGGAAGUGACUGGGGGAAGCCACUGUAUGGAGAUUGUUUCUAAUUCUCACAAUGGUCCCAUGACUGAAACAAUAAAUAUCAAAGCAGCUUCUCUCCUUCAAAGUGUUGGGAAAGCUCAGGAACUCACAGUGGAGAGGGACGGGCAAUUAACAUUUUGGGUUGGUGGCUGAUUCAGACCGAAGGACCUUGACCUGAGACGAUCCCAUGGUUUCCCAAUCCCAGAUCCGGCAUCACGGUUAGCUUGCUGAUCACUGAGCACUGGUCACAGGAGAGUGACGUUGGCAUUGGGCUGGUGUUCCCCAGGCAACACCAAGGGUUCCAUUGAUGGAAGCUGUCAGCAAGAGGUGGGAAAUUAUUUUCUUGGUAUCUGUUGGGAGCGUGGGCCUGGAGGGCGGUGGUUUGGCUGUGGAACAGUCACUCAGGAACAUAGUGGGCCAGAGUACCAGCAGUUCAGUCUACUGACGAAAGGGGGAAGGAAGGGUAAUAAAUACCUGACAGAGAGGCCUGUAGAAACAGGCCUACACACUAACCCUGAUUGCUCAGCAGCAUCACUGAGGAGUCAGUCACUCUCUUCCUCCUUUUCAGGGACAGUUGAGAAAGGCACAUCAGUGAAGAUCUCCUGAGCAGAGUCAUUUCCAAAUAGUCGAGAGAGGGCUGGCUGCUGUACAUCAUGCCCCUGCCUCACAACACCCAGGCAGUGGCUCUGACCUUCCAUGACCUGUGCCUUCUGGAAAAAGCAGAACUAGGAUAUUAUAGGGCUGUAGUUGUGUCAGGUUGUUAGACAUGGUGAGACUGGGCAUACUGACAGCCCUUUUAUAACUCAAUCCUCUGGCAAACGACAUGGAGGAAACUCCUGCCCAGUUCAACCUGGUGCUCUACACCUACCCUCUUCUAUGGGCCUCAUGAAACUAGAGCACCAAUUUGCAUUGCCUAUGGGACUGGCAGUGGUGGUGGGAGCAAGUUCAUCUUGUUCCAGUCCCCUCGGUGGAGGGAGACUCCACAGAGCCUGCAUUGUCCCAGAGGACCUCUGCACAGUGCAGUGGUGCAGGUGCAUUUACCUCAACUGGCCAGCAGGAGGUGGAGUGAGGGGGAGCAACAGGAGGGGGUGGGGGAGGGGUGCAGCAGGAGGGGCAACAGAUGGAGAGUGUGUAAUGCUGUGGAGUGAGGACAGCGGUGCUUCUCUGGGUGAGGAUCCGAACCUAGGGUCCCCAGAUAUGGCCCUCAGUCAGGUUCCUGGGCUGGGAGACCCCCAGCACAUUCCAGAGCCCAGGCAAGCUGUGCAGGAGUUAGCGAGGGAGCGUCAAGUGGCAGACACUGUCUUUUCAAUGUUCUGGCCUCACAGCCUACAGGGAGGUCUCUGGCCACACUGCUGGAGGAGGGUGUCCGAGUCCUGUGUGCUCUCUGAUAUAGCUGGCACUGAGAUACUGAUGGCCCCCAACUGAUCCAAGAAAUGACCUGGAUGGUCAGUAGGCUGAUGGUGAUCUAGAGGCAACAGGGAGGGGACUCUCACAGGAGCCCCCGAGGCACCAAAUCAUUGUGGCACCACAAUGAACCUCCUGACCAACUGGUGCCAUCUCCACCGGCUCUGGGGAGCUGGCAAUUUUGCAGGUGACUGACUGAUGGGUGGUGGACCUUCUGUCUAGGGCAGUACCUUCUUUUUGAGCAGGAUGGAGCAUAUCUGCUGAAACUGUUCCUGGGCACACAAUGCAAUGUCAGAGCCCUCUGUCAUUGUAACCUGAUCCAGCUCUAUUGGCCGAGACUUGUUUCCACAGAUUCAUGUGGAAACUUGAAUAUAUCGCAAUAAACAGUUCAGCACAAAAGGUGUGUGUGUAUGUGUGUGGGUGUGUGUGUUAUCGAUGUGGGUCUGCACCCACCCUGACCUCAUCAUUAAGAAUGGAUGAGCUGAAUACAAUCAAAUGAUUAGUUUCCCCUUGAAUGUGUCAAUUGGUUAUUUUAAUGUCGCCUUCUGAUAGAGUUUCAGAAGCAGAGAAAAUAAUAGGAACAGGCCAUUCAGCCCUUCAAGGAGAAAGUGGGGACAGCAGAUGCUGGAGAUCAGAGUCAAGGGUGUGUUGCUGGAAAAGCGCAGCAGGUCAGGUAGCAUCCGAGGAGCAGAAGUGUCGACAUUUCAAGCAUAAGCUUUUCAUCAAGAAUUUUUGACUCCCUCAACCCUUCAAGCCUGCUUUCUCAUUCAAUCCCAUCAUGGCUUGAUCAUCCAACUCAAUACCCACUUUCUCUCCAUCCCCUUUACCUAACUCUUGAAAAACAUUCAAUAAUUUGAUUACAAAAACCAUCACAGCUGUUGAAUUCUGACUUCAAGCUUUUAACCAUCUUCAUUUUGCAGAAGUGAUACUUGCGUUUCUCUUUCCAAUGAUUACAGACUGAUUUUACUUGAGUCUUACAUUUAUUACUUUCUUGUAUUUUCAAUAACGAUCAGUUUUCUAUUCAUUAACUUGCAGCAAUAUUUGUUCAAAAAACUAACCUUUGAUCGUGUUUAAAGUUUGAUCUGUGCUACAGGUUAAUGCCAAAGGCACAGUCCACUGUCCAGCCAGUCCUGUUGUGGGAGUGACACUGUGCAGUAGUCCUGAUGUUGCAUUGGAGUUUUACUCUCAUAUGUUCAUUCUUAGGCCUCUCGAAUUGGAGUAAUGACUGCUCUGCACUGAUAGCUGUACGUAAACUGCAGUUUCACUGGGAUGUAGCGUUCCCAUGUUCAGGAAUGUAAAGAGGAUUGUGCAAAUUGUCCCUAAUUAAAUAAAGGUUUGAAAUUGUUAA